AUGAUGCCAUCGAUAUUUAUAGCCCCCGCAGGUAUAAGAGCAACAUCUCGAGUCUGCUAUAGAACGAGAGCGUAUUCAACGAAACCUGAAAAGGUGACCCUUCAAAAAUAUUUGAAUGACCCGGUUAAGGUGACUGUGAUACCGAUAUCCAACAAGGAUUCAUUUGUUUACUACAAGCAUACUGAAAGUCUAUUUAAUAGCCAAUCUAGGAUACUAAAAACAGAAAAAUGGAUCGUAGAAAAAUCUGCCAAGCUUUGGGGGAGACUGAAGAAGUCUCCCAAAUCAUAUAACAAGAAGAUAGUAUCCAUGGUCCAGUCUUUACUGAAUAGCACACCUUGGUCGGAGAAUAGUCUGCUUACUAUCCCAAGUGAAAGCUAUAUCCUGAAAAGAAUCAAGGGCGAAACGGACAAGGCUCAAGAGAUACGACUCACGUUGAAGGACUAUACUGUAAAAGCGCACCAGGUGGACACUCAGCCCUUACAUAUUUAUUACCCCGCAGAAAUCUCUAAUCCAGGCGAGUGCUUGAAGCAAAUGAAAAAACUCUACCAAGACGGGUUAGCAUACCAUAAGAAAUGGACAUUAUAUUGUAUUCUAGGUUUGCCCCUGACCAUUCCUUUAAUCUUAAUACCAUUGAUACCAAAUGUGCCCGGAUUUUAUCUAUCUUACAGAGCCUAUAUUAAUAUUAAGGCCUAUCUAGGCGCCAAACACUUGAAAAGUCUACUGGAGAACUCAAACCAACAAUUAGAAUUCAAGGAACUGCAAGGAUAUUCAGACGUAUACAAACGAGGUAACAGUAGCCAUCCGCAGGGGACACAAGAAGGUCCAAAAGAUUCACCAAAGCUACUGCUCAACAAGCAAACCCUCCCCUUAAUCCUAGAUUUCUUAAAAGUCCACGAAUUAGAAAGCGACUUGAACAAAGUCAUCCUUCAAAAAUCAAAACGACAGGAAGAGAUCAAAAAUUGA